AUGUCGAAAAUCGGUGUCUUCCCCGCCGCCGGUGGCUUGGGUACCAGCAUCAUCAACCACCUGAUCGAAAUUGUCCCCGCGUCACAAUUGAUUCUCAUCGCUCGCAAACCUGAGAAUCUCGAAGCGUUCAAGCAGAAAGGAGCCACGAUUCGGAGAGCGGAUUAUGAAGACCCGACUUCUCUGGAGGGAGCGUUCGAGGGGGUCGACGUGUUGAUGCUCAUCUCGUACGCGUCGUUUGAGAUCGAUUUUCGCGUGAACGUACAACGCCAUGCCAUUGACCUCGCCCUCCGCGACGGCGUCAAGCACAUCUUCUACUCGUCGCUGGGCUUCGGCGGCGAUCUAGAAGACGUGAGUGUCGCGCACGUGAUGGGCGCCCACCUCGCCACGGAGAAGUACCUCGCCGAGCUGCAGUCGCGCAAGGCCGGCACCUUCACGUACACCUCCGUCCGCGAGGGGCUCUACUCCGAGUCGUUCCCCAUCUACACCUCGUGGUUCGACCCCGCCGAUCCGGUCAGCGAGAUCACCAUCCCGCAUGACGGGUCCGGGCCCGGCGUGGCGUGGGUGAAGCGCGACGAGCUGGGCGAGGCCACCGCGAAGCUGAUCGCCUCGUACGUGACCGACCCCGCGGGGUUCGCGCACCUGAACCGCAAGCUCCUCCUGUCGGGUCCGCGGGAGCUGUCGCUCAACGAGACUGCCGAGGUGCUGGGCAAGGCGGUGGGACGGCCCGUGCGGAUCCGUGAGAUCUCCGUCGACGAGUACGUGAGGUUGCCGCAGCACGGGGACAAGCACACCUAUCACGGCGUGGACCUGGCGAGGGAGUGGGCGACCGCGUGGGAGGCCAUUCGACGAGGGGAGACGGCCGUCGUGUCACCGCUGCUUGGGGAGAUUCUGGGUCGCGAGCCCGAGAGCUUCGAGAAGACGGUGAGCGACUUGACGCGGUAG